AUUUACUUUAUUUUUUCUCAAUUUGUAUCAUAAUCUUUUCAUAAUUUUUUUAUCAAUAUUUUGUUCUAGCGUUGAAAUCAUGAUCUGUAAUAUUUGAUGGUGGAAUCUUCGAAUGGUAAUCUUGAGGAGAUUUCAGAUUCCGAAUCGGAUUCCGAUUCCAUUCCCUCAAAUCCAAUCACCACCUCUUCAAACACAAUUAAUAACUCCUUAAACCCUCUGAAUAACUCGUCAAAUCCUCUGAAUAGCUUGUCAAAUAUUAAUUUUAGUAAUUUUAAUCCAAAACCUAAUGUUACAAAUUCUGUUCCCUUAGCUGAUAAACCAAUAUCACAUGGAGAUGUGGAACAGUAUGGUUAUAAAUAUGUUUGGGAGUAUUUACAGUACCACCCAGACAAGGCUAAGCAGUUUUCUGUUAUCUUGGACCACAAUAGUAGGAAAAAGAAACUUGAAGAGAUCUUCCCAGAACAGUUUAUCUCCCAUAAAAUAUCACAACUUGAUACCACUCAACUGAGUAUCGAGUCUUUUGCAAAUUAUGUUAUGCAAUUUUGUUAUCCUCCGUCACCGAUACUACACCUGUUCCAUGAUAAAUUCGUCUCAGCUCCUGUGAAUAACAGCACUGUAAGAUUGGCGAUAUUUUAUGUAUACAACCAUCUGGUACAGACGUUCACAAAUGAGAAUGUUUGGCGCUAUAAAGUCUCAUUUCACUUCCCAGGGUUAGAUAUCUUCUGCAUCCCGUGUAUCAUACAUACGAAUAAAAUCAACUGUAAUAAUAUAAUUCAUAUAUGUAACUGUAUUAAUAUUUGGAGACAGAGGGGUAUUUACUCCAGGGAAGUGUGUGACAAGUUAGAGAAUAUAACCACCAACUCCUCAAUUAUUAAGAGCGAUUUAAAGAUAUCAAGCGCUAACUUUAAUGUAAAUGAUGAGUUAGGGUACCUUAAUGUUUUAUAUAAUAUAUUUAAAAUGCCUCUAGUAGAUAAGGUGUACGAUAAUGCCGCCUCUAAGUGUGAUGUCAACCGUAUAAUCGAAGGUGGAGAUAAUGAAUAUUUACAAAAGAUGAUAAAUGAGGGAGUUGAAGAAGAGUUUAUCGAGGCUGGAAGAUUAUCUGGCCAGGAAUUAAUUAUUCUGAACAGCGCCUGCCUGGACUUGGGCGGAAUGAUUAAGGAAAACGAUGAAAAUUUUAAAAUACUCAGGAAAGAAAUCAGUAAGCUCGACGCUUUGCUAAAUAGGAAGUAAUUGGUCAUUUUAAUACUCAGAAUUCGAUGGAAUUGUGUAAUGUGGGAUAAAUACAUUAAUGUUUUACAAAAUUUA